GCAACGACUGGACACGUUAUCAAUCCCCAGCAGCUUUCUGCAGGUCGAUAUAAAAUGACAUCAAACUAUGGAUCGCUUGUCAAGGAGGCCUGUGUGCUGCUCGAUAAGUUCAGCGCUGGCAGACAGUGUUUGGAUGACUUCAUUGAAGAUGUUUCAAAGGAUCUGCAGGACAUGAAUACUCUGCAUAAGAAGUUCAUACUUGAUGUUGUUUCUGGAUGUACUGAGUACAAAAAGUUACUGGACGUAGUUAUCAGUGUCUUUUAUGGACAGAAUGGGAAAUGCUUAUCCGGACGUGAUCGCAGCCAGUUUGUCAUCAUCUGUUACCUCGCCACAUUUGCUCUUGAUGACAUUGGACUUCAGUGUUUCAGCACCGUCGUCAAAUCACUGGACAUAAAGAAGAUGCACAUGUUCCUGACUUUCUUCUUCACAAACCUCACCACAUGGAUACAAGAGGGGUGGAAUAAUAUAUAUGAUGCUGCCUAUGUGGAGAAACAGUGGAUUGGCCCUCUACUGAGAUGGCGCCCUGAAAUCGACAUUCUCUUGGAGCAGCUUGCUGUCAAAAUAUCUCAUGGGAGUCAGGUCAAGAAAGCUCCAAUUAAAACCACCAAGCCCCGGGAGUUCUCGCUCACCAAACCUAAAUCACCAACCGUGCCUAAGCCUGAGCUCAUUCCACAGCAGGAAAAAUGCAAACCAGUACCAAAUAGUACAUACAAGGCUCCAAAAGAGUUGAAGAACAUGGAGAAGAUCAAACAACAGAACCAGAAAAAGACUGAGGAACUGCUGUACGAGGCAAAUAUGAAACAGUUCAGAUGUGUAAAUCCACACAAGUCUGAACACACCAAGAAGGUGAUGUCUCAGAUUAAGGAGGAUCUGGAUUCAAAACUCAAAUUUAAUUCAUUUCAUGCCUCUGGGUCAUCUUCCAUUAAUAAGACUAACAGCUGGCCCAUCAAGCUUAACAGUGCAGCAAUCCUGAGGCAGGGGGCACUAUAUGACCGUCAGGUGGAGGAGGAGCUGCAGAGAGUGGAGCGUCUGGUGGAGGGGACGCGUGAGCCAUCGUCUUUUCUACAGUGGCAGAAGGAAAUGCGUGAGAAGGACCUGCAGGAGGAGCUGGCCAUGAUUGAGCGCAGGCGCUUGGAGGGACGCAUCAGUUAUGAGAAGGCAGCUAUCGCCCGCACACACUUAAUGGAACGCAACCAGAGGACUGCUCAGCUGCAGAUAGAGGAGACAGCCCAGCUGAUGCGGAGAUACGCUGAGAAGAGAUUGCAGGAGGAAAAAGAAAUGAGAGACUUGGUUCAACAAGUGGCAGAAGGCCACAAGAACUCAAAGGCAGCUAAAGAGAAGCUGCUGAAAUUCAAGCAAAGCAUAGCGAAAGAAGUCUCAGAGCAGAGUCGAGAGCUCCUUCGUCAAGCACUAGAAGAGGCACAGGCAGAGCUCAGCAGGAGAUUUGAAAUCAUCUAUGAAAUCCGUGCCAUCGAAUCGCUACCUCAUAUUAGGAUCAGGAAUUUUGACCACACCGAGACUGCAGGCCACGAGCUGCUGGGAGAGAUGUCCCUGGCUGAACUGAAGGAGCGGCUGGCCCUCCUGCGGGAGGCACAGCAAACAGAGCAGCAGGAGAAACGGGAGCACAUCCUGGAGGAGAAGCAGUACAAGAAGCAGCUGCUGUUGGAGCAGCUGGACACCAUCGACCUCCACAGGAGAGUGCUGGCACAGGCUGCUGCCAUCAGGAAAGAGGAGAGCAGAGCCAGGCAGAGUUUUCAGCAGGCAGUGACUCAGGAUGAGACAGUUUUGGCUCUGCAGAGAACGCUCGAAGAGAAAAAACAAGAGCGCCAAAGACUGAAGCAAAUUAAAAGCAAGAAGGCCAAAACCUGUGAACAGACAGCAGCACACACGGUCAGAAACACAGAGACACACAACAAUAAAAUCUUGAAGGAGAAAAGCUGGGAGGAACUGGAGCUGAGCUUACAGCAUCAUAUCCAGCAGAAGGACGCUCCUUAUGUUGUUUCUCCGACAGAAACACUUCAGACAUAAAUACGUUCAAGAUGCUCCACAGGCCUGUGAAUGUUUCAUUUCAGAUCAGGAGGAUCUUUAGUUAUCAUCUUUUAUUGUCUUCAUUUGACAUAUUUUGCAUUUUAGAAUAGCUGUAAAGGUGAUUGAGUACCACUGUGACUUAUUUACAUUAUCAAAGAUUGCAUAUCUUGACCUAUGACUUCAAUCUAUGUAUAAUAAAAACAUUAAAUGUUGUUUAUUUCAAAGUGUUGCAAAGUAAAUUCCACUCACCUGUUUUAAAGGGAAGUAGAUCUUCAACUUGUGACUUUUACAAAAAAUAAGUCCCUUCCCCAAACCAUUGUUAGAGUCAUUUCUGUGGUUUGCAUGUUUUGGUAACAAGUUACUGUACAUGAUAUGAAUCAUCAAUACUCAAGAAUAAAAAUGAUGCACCAAUAUCAUGUUAGGAAAU